AUGAUAAACAAUUAUCCAAAUCAGAACAAUCGUAAUAAUAUCGAUCGAAAUAAUCAACAAAACUCGUCCAAACGCUUUUACGACCAACCAACAAAUAUACAAUACAAUGAUAGUAAUAAUCAACGACAAAUUCGUUUAGUUCCUCCACCAUCGAGAAAGAAUAUGGAUCUUGUUGAUUCACCACUUACACCUGGUCGAUGUACUCACUCUGAACUCAAUGACGACGAUGAUUUUCAACCUGACGUACAAAACAAGAAACAAAGACAACGAAGUACUGAACUCGAAUUUGACAAUCAAUGGGAUAAUCGACAACAAAACCACAGUAGUGAUAAUUCAUCUCUACAGCAACAACAACAAUAUCAUCAUCAUCAUCAACACCAACAAAUACAAAUACAUGAUACCAACAAUGACAACAAUAAUCCUAGUCCACCUCGGCUGACACAACGGCAUGAACAAAGUCAACUUCAGCAGCACCGCUUCUCAUUAAGAACAACCGAUGCCCGUACAAUUGCGCAUGAAAAUAGAAGUAAUCAGCAACGUAACAGAAUCACAAAUGAAUCAACUCGCUAUGCUCAAACUCGAUUCCCAUUUCAACCUUUUGUCAUUCGAUUCGCAUCCGGAAAUGUAAAAGAAAAAGAAGCUGCGUAUGAAUUAGUAAAUCAUUAUAAAGAUAUUCAUCAUACAGAUAUGUCUAUUGCUCAUAUACGUCAAUCAACACUAAAAUGCCAACAAAACGAUUACGAUUUAUUAAUUUAUGUAAAGGACUCUCUAUCAUUUAUCACAUUAUUUAAUCAACAAAACUGGCCGAAGAAGAUUGGUGCUAUGGAGUUCACGUUUCCUUCUACGCCUUCUUUUCCACCUCAACUUGCAUUUAUCAUUAAAAAUGUUGACUUACGAAUUAAUAUGGACGAUUUUACGAAAGAGGUAGAAACCACCUACCCAGAAAUACAUAAUGUUAUUCGAUUAAAAAAUAAAUUUCAAAAUAAUAUUAAAUUGAAUAAAAAUUGA